GUCUACAUGGCUACGCAGUGAAUUUGUCAACCAACUAAUUCGCCCAGUGGACUACAUCCUCUUCAUCAAGGCGAACGUUGACCUUGAUGUCAACGUCAACGAGGUCCAAGCCACCCAGUACGUCAGCGCGGACAAGUUGAAGCAGCUGUUCGAGGACCCCACCCUCAAGUUCACCCCCUGGUUCAAGCUCAUCUGCAACUCGAUGCUCUUCGAGUGGUGGGAGAGCCUCGACUCGGGUCUCGACAAGUACAUGAACGAGCAGGAGAUUCGACGCAUGCUGUAAGCCAAAUACGAAUUUCUGAAGUUAAAAAGUCGGAGCAAUGAGGACGGCAGACGGGAUGGUUCCGUAGGUGUAGGAGGAGAGACACAUGUGGUUGAUAGUUUUGUUCGCGGUUGAUCUGCAUAGAUAUCCACUCUCAUGGCCCUCGAGAGAUGUCCCUCGGACGGAGAGCCGCUUUCUUAAAUUUGACGUCGUCCACCCGCUGCCCGCCCGCUGCCCGCCCGACCCGCUCAAUGACUUGAAGAUCAGCCGGUGGGACAUGGCUGGAGAGAGUCGCCGGACUCGCCGAAGCUCUAUCACCACCGGCAUCCGAGGGAAUGAUGUGGCCGCAUGCCGAAGAUCCGUCUCUCAACUCCGCUCGGUCCCAUUCCCACAUACGAGGUGCAGCAACGUACCGGGCCGUGGCGAGCCGUCGACAUGCAACCGGAGCAGAGUAGCGCCGUCACCUGGAUCCUUGCAGACGCCGAGCGCUGCAAUCGACAAUCACGACGGCUCCGCUAGCUUGCCGGGCCUCGAUGAUAGGCAGCCGGGAGCCCUUGGCGCCGCGGAGUCUGUCUCACGGCUUCCCGUCGUCUCGGUGGCUUGGGCUUCUCUUUGUGCGUCUGCCGCCCAACCUCUCAACCCCACGGUUUGGACGAGUCGUUGUCUUCCCACCACGCCCGUCCGCCCACGUCAAUGGGAGCCACAUCCAUUCGCUUCCCAUUCUGUAACUAGCCACAUACGCUGCGGGGGGUGAAGCCCUGGGACCGGCUUCACGAAGGGCUCGCCUGACCUGUCAACCUGUCCAACACGGUGACGCCGCAGCGCAACCCCCACCGGUCAUGCGUGCC